CAGAUCCUCUCUCGGUCGCCAUGCUCGCCUCUGCCCUCUCGCUCAGCAGCUCGCUCGUGACGCCCGCCCCGGGGCGCGUCGCGCCGAUGCAGCGGUCCGCCGACGUCAGCAUGGCCGCGAAGGACUCGGUCACCGCCGGUCAGGUCGCUGGCAUGGCUGCUGCGGUGCUUGCGGUCGGGGUGCAGUCGGCGUCGGCCGGCCCCUUCACGCGCACAGACAUUGCGUCGCUGACGUACCAGCAGAUCAAGGGCACGGGGCUGGCCAACACCUGCCCGGUGGUCGAGCAGGUCGACGGCAUGAAGACCGAGAUUAAGGUCGGCGGCAACUACAAGAUCGACGAGUUCUGCCUCGAGCCGACCUCCUUCCAGGUUCUGGAGGAGAAGCUGACGAAGUCGGGCGUGGUGACCGAGGCGGUCGACACCAAGGUGACGACGCGCCAGACCUACGUCCUCACCGGCAUGGAGGGCGACCUCGUCCAGAAGGACGGCAAGCUCACCUUCCUCGAGAAGGACGGCAUUGACUACGCCCCGACCACCGUCCAGCUGCCCGGCGGCGAGCGCGUGCCCUUCCUCUUCACCGUGAAGAACCUCGUCGCGCAGUCGGACGGUGCCACCUCCUCCAUCAGCCCGGGCCUCAAAAUGUCGGGCGGCUUCAACGUGCCCUCCUACCGCACCGGCCUCUUCCUCGACCCGAAGGGCCGCGGCACCACCACUGGCUACGACCAGGCCGUCGCGCUGCCCGCGCUGCAGGCCGGCGGCGACGAGUCGCUCUUCAAGGAGAACAACAAGAAGUUCGACGUCGGCCGCGGCUCGAUUGAGCUCAAGGUCACCUCGGUCAACGCGGAGCUGGGCGAGUUUGGCGGCGUCUUUGUGCAGAAGCAGCCCUCCGACACCGACCUCGGCUCCAAGGUGCCCAAGGAGCUGCUGCUCAAGGGCCAGUUCUUUGGCACCGUCGUGCCCAACUAGAGCCCGUCUUUUCCCCGACCCGAUGUGAUGGCUGUGGCAAGCCCGCGUGCAGCAGGGCCGGCUCCAGCGGGUCGCUCCUCGACUUUUGGGAUGGCGCGGAUAUGUGUGCACACAGAGAGAGGUGUGGUCCGCUUUGGCGAGUAGCGUCACCAGAUAAAAACAGAUACACGCGAGACAGACACGGCGGACCUCUUGCUACUUGCUAGCCAGUAGCCUUGUCGGAGCUCGCGACCACGCCGGCGACGGCCCCCGCCGCCCGCGGCGGCACACCCGCCUCCCGCGCGCACGCCCCGCUCUCGGCCGCCGGCUCUCCGGCUCUCCGCAUUCCGGCAAGUGCUCUCGCUCGAUGCGAUUGGCUCGGUCGCCGCAGCGCACAGCCGCACACGCGGGCUCAGUCCACGCAGCGCACAGCACAGGCGCACGGCCAACCGCCCGGCACGAGAGACCAGAGCGCCGGCUGCCGCCUCAGAAGGGCUUCGCGUCGAGGAAGGAGGAGAUGAAGGCGAGCGACGCCGCCGGCUGGUAGGUAGGCACCAUGUGGCCUGCCAGCCGGAUGGUGAGGAAGGAGAAGUCGUGCUUGCCCUCGGAGGGGGUGUACGCCGUCACGUAGCCGGCGGGCGCGCGGCGCUUGCCGGGCAGGUACCAGGGGCGCCACGCCUUCGCCUCGGUGAGGACGCCUCGCUUCUCGAGCAUGCCGAUCCACUCCUCGUUGCCCUUGUACGGCACGCACGCGUCCGCGUCGCCGUUGUAGAUGAGCACGCGCAGCUUGCCGGAGAGGGAGGGCCACAGCGUGAUCGAGGCGGGGCCGGAGAGGGAGUAGUGGAAGCUCGACUUGUGCGGAGCGUCGAGGUGGAGCGCCUUUCGCACGUCCGGGCGAGUGAUCCACUCCUCCGUCGCAGCCAUCCCCCCGCACCGCCACGUGAAGCCUCCCUCCGCCGAGCUCGAGCGCGGCGCGAGGUCGGCGCGCAGCCGCUGGCGCGCCCAGCGCAUCGACUUGUUGUGCGCGGCGAGCCGCUCCUGCAUCUCGUCGCAGUUGUCAUAGAUGUUGUAGACAUUGUGCGGCCCGACCUCGGCGGAGACCCGCUCGAGGAGGACGUCGCACGCGGCGCCCGGCUCGUCGAACUGCCCGUCGCAGGCGGCCUGCACCUGCUCGUACAGCUUCUUCGAGACGAGGCCCUUUCCAAAGUACAUCUCGACGUCGUUCCGCUCCUCGUUGGGCCCGUUGCAGGCCACGCUCGUCUCGUCGCCGCCCCAGCACGCGUUGCCCGCCGCGAUGCCCUUGAGGGGGAGCGUCGAGUUGAAGGGCGCGUGCGAGAGGAUGUAGCUCGCGAUGUUUGGGCCGUACUGGCCAAAGUACGACUCUCCAGUCAGGUAGAGCGGGUUGGUGGCGAACUCGGGGAAGGCGCGCGAGAACUCGACCAGGCUGUGCGCAUACGCCUCGGCCUGCGAGACGUCAUCCCACUUGCACCCCACAGGCUUGCCCGCCUUGACACACGUUGAGAAGCCCGCGCUGUUGCCACUGCCGGCGGGUGACUCGAGGUAGAGCAUGUUGGCGACCUUGUUCCACGCAAACUCGUUUGC